CAAUGGCACCUGCUAUUCAGGAACACUUUAUCCAGAAUCCAAAGACAUCUUCCAUGGAAAACAUCUCMAGGGAUUUUCCUACAACAACAUUACCACUGAUGAUCCAGCCAAGUGCUACCGUCAUUGCGUCCAAGAUUGUCGAUGUAAGGCGUGUCAGAUGAAAGAUGCAAGAUGUGAGUUGCUAGAUGAGGACAAGACUUCCAAAACCUUGACAGAUGAGUCAGGAUACGUGUACUUUGAUCUCAAGCAGACAAUGUACAAAGGGAGUCGCUCCAAUUUUUUACCACAAGGAGGUUGCUAUAAUGGCUGCUGUCGAUCAAAGCCUUGUAUGAACGGAGGGACAUGCGAAGAACAAUGCARCUCACCCAAAGAAAAGUUCAGCUGCACCUGCCAGAAAACAUACAAAGGAAAAACUUGCGAGGAGAGAGUGAAAUCUUGUAUGGAUAUUUUAAUCGCUUCUAAAACAACACCAGAAAAUGGUGUCUACUGGAUUAAAAGGGACGAUAUACAUACCAUUCCAGUGUACUGUGUAUUUGAUGGGAACAGGYUGUGGACCCUCAUCGAAUCGUUUUCUCGACAACAAACUGGAUUCAGGWACAAACCAUUYUCCGUUGAUUAUARAAUAAACAAAAMCAUUCCACCAAAUUGGGAYAAUUAUCGCAUGUCCAAAAAUAGUAUGAAAUACCUCCGUACCAAGAGCACCUUGUUUAGAGCAACGUGUAACUUUCCAAUAAGAGUUUCCUUGACACCUGACCUUCUGAUUGGUAGGCUAAGUGACGUUGAUAUCAUUCAGGACACAAACAUUGAAGGAUGUAGGAAGUAUGAGUUCAUCGAUGUCAUGGGGCACAGCUGCACUAACUGCACUGAACAUACGGCACAUGGACAUUCUAGUUUGUGGCAUUUCCACCUUGAUAUUAGCGGAAAUUCGUGUUCCA